ACACGAGACUAACCGAGGGAAGUAUCCUGGCCACCGGACCAUGUCAGGCACACCCAAAGGAAAAUUUAACUUUGCGCCACAAGAUUUGCAAAACCAAGCCAAGACGGACGUGUGCGAAUUCCUUUGCCCAAUUAAAAAAGUAGUUUAUUGUCUCCGCCCGUGGGAAUCAUGGCGGGCGUUUGAGAUUCGAAUUGCGAACUUUUUGAACCGUUAUCUAUAUUCGAUUUUCUAAUUGCCCGGAAUGAAAUAUUAAAUUGUUCUUAAUUGUGGUUUUGUUUCAUGCCAAUAUUUGAAUAUGGCGUUUUGGUUUGUGUAAAAUGGUGAAACGGCCAGUUACAAUGCUUGGUGUGUUAGUUUUGUGCCCGGUUUUGCUUGCGGCUGUGCAGACCCUCACUAUCGAUUCUCAAUUGGGCACUUCUAUAGAAGACUGCUUCGAAAGGAUAUCGAUCGGCGAGCAACUGCCGAGUGACGCCAUCUACCGCAACGUGUCGGAACUAACCACAAGAGAGUGCGAGCAAAUUUGCAAGCAGGACAAACUGUGUCAAACUUAUGAUUAUGGCGUUGGAGCGAAAGGCAACGCAACCUGCAACCUGAGUAACCUCGGAGAGAAAGAGAUAAAAGAUAGAGGUCUCCUCAAACGGCAUCCAGAUUAUGACGUCUAUGUCCGAAGAUUAUUGUGUGAGCAAUCACCUCCUACCCCUAUCCAAGUUCAGUUUGAUGAACCAGAAGAUGGACCCCAUCAUAGACCAGUCUUCAGACCAGAUGACGAUGAACCGAAACAUCCACUAUCAGACGAUUACAUUUCCAGUGAUAUAAGACCUUACUCCAGUCACAGACCACCUUACAACCACAUUGACGACAGGCCAGAUGACUACACAAAUUCCAAACCUCUUUACGAUCGACCCCCCAGUUACGGAGAUCACAGACCACAAGAUAUCCCUUAUAAACCUAUAAAGAAACCUGACGAUGUGUUGCAGUUUCAAGAACAAUAUAAGCCUAAUAAAUACGAAAACUGGAGACCUGAUCCUCAUUACCCAUCGAGGCCCGAAGAUGAUAUUCCAGAUUUAUACGGUCAAAGACCAAGACCAGAAUUUGUAGGCCCUUAUAGACCUGAAAAGCCAGAUUACCACUACAUUGUUAGACCUAACAGGAAGCCUAGACCUCCCGAAGAUUAUCCCAUAAGACCCCAAGUAUACCCGACUAGACCCGACCCGUAUAUACAAAAUGAUAUUAGUCAUCCAUCAGGUCCAAUAGGUCCUCCAGAUAUAUAUAGACCAAGCAGACCUAGUUACCAUCCAAUAAGACCUAAUGACCACCCUAGCUAUUCCUAUAACACUCAAUAUGCCAGUAACUAUGGCCAAAACCAUGAUAAUUCAAUAUAUGUCGAAAUAAAUGACCCACCUAGACCUUAUAAGCCUUAUAGACCAUUGAGGCCAGAAUAUGGUCCUGUACAUUCAGGUUACGGUCCAAAUUAUGGUUACGGGAAUCAAGGAAGUUAUUACGGAAACAGCCAUAGUCAAAACUCCUAUUCACACUCACACAGUCAGUCACAAUAUUAUGGAACUGGUAGCAUAACGGAUAUAACCCAUUAUGACCCUUAUCGACCACACGAUCCUGUUUAUAGACCUCAAAAACCAGUGCACGAUUCACCAAAACCUGGAUAUGGUAUUCAAAGACCAGAUGAUGAAAUCCAGAAACCUGGAUACGGAAGUUAUGAUCAAGGUAAUAGACCAAAUUCUGGAUCGCAAAAGCCGAAUGAUGAGAAACCAUCUUACGGAAUCAGUCAGGAUCCUUACGGUGGUCAAGUAUCACAUGAUGGUCAAGGAUCUUAUGGGGUUAGCCAAGCUUCGUACGUCAGUAGUCAAGCGUCGUAUGGAUCUAGUCAAAGUUCUUACGGUAGUAGUCAAGGUUCUCACGGAUCUAGUCAAGGAUCAUACAGUUCUAAUCAAGGUUCUUUGAGUGACUCUCAAAAUAAUAGACCUUACGGUUCCAAUCAGGAUACCAGUCCUGGUUACGGCUCUCAUACUACACAGAAACCUAGUGGAGGGUAUUAUAAACCAACUUAUAACGAUAAACCAUCAUAUAAUGACAAACCUGAUGGUAGUCAAAGUCAUCUUAAUAGUGAUUACAAUAAUGAUGAUAGUACUAAUGGCUAUGGAUCUUAUGGGUUAAAACCUACUUAUACCAAACCGAGUGCUUCCUAUGGUGGAAAUAGACCACCUUUUGGCAGCAGUGACGGCUCAUAUGGUUAUAAGCCGAUUAAUGAUAAUCCUUACGGCGGGAAUAGGCCAUUACAUGAUGGUAACGGUGGCUAUGGAAAUAAACCAAGUUACGAUGUUAGUGGAUCUUACGGCCAAAAACCGUUUGAUAUCAAUAAUGCAUAUAAUAAACCUCAAAAUGAUCACGGCGGAUAUGGUAUAUCUAACAGUCCUUACGGAUCUAAACCUAACUAUGAGCCUUAUGGAAAUAAGCCGUAUCAAGAAACAUUCAGUCAAUCAUAUGGAAGUAACGGACAAUAUAGUCACGGCAACGAUUAUUCCAACAGACCAGAUGGACCUUAUUAUGAUGAGAAACCAAACGAUGCACCCUCGUAUAAUAAUAUUAAUGAAGAUACAAAAAAUAAUCGCAAACCUGGUGUUAGACCAAAUGAAACUGGCUAUGAUAGGCCAAAUAUCAAGCCUGUGUAUGAGUACGAAUUGGACAAACCAAUGAAUGUGCCAAGUUAUAUAGCGAGGCCUGGUGGUGACGUCAUCACUUCCAGACCAGUUAUCGUUGGGGAUUACGGACAUCGAGGAUACGGCAGACCGAUUUCUUAUAAAGCCUGCUUCCGUCGCGUGCUGGCUGGCCGACGAGCUCUUCGCAGUUUUGUUCGCAAAGUUGUCAACUGUGAGCGACUGGAAGAUUGUAGGAGGGAAUGUGCUGAGGAGCGGAGGUUCCCUUGCGAGAGCUUCAACUAUAGACUGGACCCGACCUUCCGCGGCAAGGGAUUGUGCGAGCUGAUGACGAAACCCAUCGAAGCCUUCGACCUGCAACGAGACUUCGUCGACGACAAAGAUUAUGACUUUUACGAAAUAGACAGGAACAGUUUAGAACCCUACUGCCCAGAGUCUCUCAGAGGCCCGAGCUUAUUACAUUCUGGAUUUUUAUCGUCUAAGCCCAAUAAGGCUUGGGAUAGACAGGAUUGGUUCGGAAGUAGGUAUAACGAGUAUGAUAGGUUUUACGAUAGAAGAGGGAGCAAUAGAAGGGGAUAUGAGAAUUUCAUUCCGUAUCAGAUUGGCACAGGCAUAGCACGCAGUAAUGACGAUCAAGAAAACUGGGGGAAAUAUGGCGGAUAUUAUGGCGGCUACGACGAAUAUUACAAAGAUAGGAACGAUUAUUUCAAGUCGACAAACUAUUGGAGGCUUCCUGAUGAUCACCACAGACCUUAUGGAGUCAAACCCUUACAAAACAACAAUUUUGACUACAAUGAUUUGAACAAAAACCGACCGUGGGAGAGCCAUAGAUACGGAUAUGGUUCAUGGAAGAGGGGACGCUGGAAUAGCUCUGGUUUGAACUGGAAUGAACUGGAUUCUGAAGGUUAUAAGAAGACGCAACAUUAUUACGAGGACCGGAACGAGGAAGCGAGUAAAGACUGCUCAUCCCGCCGCCGACCAGGCAUGUCUCUUGGUACGGGAGCCAUCAGGAGAUCUCUGAUAGCCAGGAACGUGGUGGAGUGUGAGGCGGCCUGUUUCGGCGAGAGGGAGUUCAAGUGUGUCUCCUACAGCUACAGAUAUUCAAGUUCGCGAGGCAUAGACAACUGCUUCCUCAGCGAGAGACCGUACCGAGGUCUGGAGCUAUCUGCUGACAGUGGCUCUGAUGUGUACGCGAUGCCUCAAGACCAUGGCUGCGCGACAAUCAGUCCUAAACCUUGGGUCGAGAGCGAAUGCUUUUGGCACGUGCGUUCUGGCGCGGCCGUCGGUGGGCCGGCAGUGAGGGCCGCCCUCACGGUCGCCGGUCUGGGCGCGUGCGAAGCAGAAUGUAUCAGGGCUCAUGGUUUCUUCUGUCGAGGAUUCAGUUUCAGAUUCGACUCCCCCACAAUCGGCGACGACCUCGAGAAUUGCAUUCUAACAUCUUCCCCUCCCACUUCACUGGAAGUGAACCGUGGUCUACGUCCCAACGCUGGACACGAGCUGUACUCCAGAGGGAACUACGGCAGGGGCUGCGAGCCGGCACUGUAUGAUGAUGCACAGCAUAAGGAGACACAGUGCUACCUCCAAUACGACAACGCUGCGCGACUCAAAACUUCAUCGGUUCGGGGCCAGGCGUUGGCCCGCAGCGAGGAGGCGUGCGGCCAUGCUUGUACAGAAGCACCAUUUAAAUGUCUCAGCUUCUCUUAUAAAAGUAACGCCCCCCCUGGUACAGAUAACUGCUUACUAUCAGAAAUCAGACUGUUCGACCUUCAAAGAGGAGUAGAUUAUGAGCACUCUACCGAUGAUUGGUUGUUCGCUUUUGAUUUGUUCAAUGGAGAAUGUUGGAGGAAGAUCCAUGGAAACUCGGAUUAUGACCAUCCAUCGGACGAGCUACCUAGACCACUACCCCAAGACCGCUAUCCGGUCACCGGAUCCGGAUCUCCAGGGUAUUUACCCACUGCUGGGGAAACACCAUAUGUACCCAGCUCCGGCCCUCCAAGCGGACCCGGGUAUAAACCCAAUUAUCCAACAGGACCGGAACCGCCCAAACAAUACCCUGGACCAAGCCCCUUCAAAACGGAACAUUCCGGUUAUCGGCCCGGAUAUCUGGACACCGGACCCGGAUAUCUACCGGAACCGGCUCCAAAACCGGUUUACAGGCCUACUGCACCUAAUUACCCUGAAACGGGGUAUAAACCCGGGUAUAUACCGGAUGCAAAUAGACCAGAUUAUAAGCCUAGUUAUAGGCCUGAUUACCCAUCUGGACCUACUGGACCUGGAUAUAAACCUACUUACUUCCCAGAACCUCCAACAGGCCCAGAUUAUAAACCAAUAUACACAGACUCCGGUUUCAAACCCGGAUAUCCGCCAUCAGAACCGCCCGGCUAUAAACCCGGUUAUUUACCAGGUAAUAGACCGUAUGAGCCAAAACCGGAUUACGGACCUCCGAAUCAAAUACCACAAAAACCCGGUUAUCCAGCUGACAAAGAAGAAGGUGGACCAAUAACAGUGUCGUGGAGACAUUACACAGUUUCCGGGUUUCCGUGUCGCGCCGGCACCGCGUGCGCGCGCAAUGCCGUCGCCGGACACUGGGCGUGCGAACCUGAGGGGGGAGAAGUCGGAUCAUGGGACUACUGUUGCUCACCGACACACAGAUGUGGAUAUAGUGAAGGAUUCCACAAGCCUUGGUGUUACGUGGGACCAAACGAGGACCAAUGGCGUCCGUGCAGCGAUAAAUACUAUCCCUACCACCAACACAACGCGCCGCAUCCGGUGCAGGCGCAACGACCUAAAGUAAACCCACCCCCAUAUCCGGAUCGUUGGGAUCGUCCGUACGAUACUCGCGAUACUCGGCCACCCGGACCUUACUUGUCUGAAAACGACCGCAGAUACUGGGACGAGCUGUACAAAAAUGGACCUCAGGCGUAUUACGAUAAGUUUGGGAAUCCUUUGCCAGGCUACACCCGCGUGCCCCCAGCCGGCCGCCCCGGCCCCGCGCGCCCGCCCUCGGCCCAGUGGCUCCCCCUCAACGGACAGGACUUCGACCCACAAGUACCUGGGGGAUUGGGGGCACCCAGGUACUGGCCAGUAGCGUACCUCCACAAAGGCCCUCCACCAAACAUGACAUACUUCCGGUACAAUGAAACUCAGUCAACAACCACCGAAAGAUACAACCCUAGACCAGAAAAUAAUCAGAAAAACCCUCCUAGAGACAUCCCACCAUCACAACCCCCACUAGUUAUUAGAACAACUGAAAAACCUGAAUUAAAACUUGAGAGUAGAAGUCAAAGAGACGAGAGAACCAAAGAUUUUGAUGACAAACCAAAAACUGAUAUAUUCCAAUUGAAUACAGACAAAGUGACGUCUACUACUCCUAAAGUUGAAAUCAAACCAGUUGAUCCCAAACCAGAUGUUACAGAAGACACAAAAACUAAUAACACAGUUGUAGAAAUAGUCAAAACUGAUACGAAAGUAGAAAAAGAGAAGGAAAACAUCAAAGGAAUUGACGAUAAAAUUGAUGACUUUUCUGCCAUUGAAGUAUUGAACAUUGAAGAUGUUAAAGGCGAUAAAAAAUCAGAUUUAAAGACUUUAGAAGCCGAAGAGAGACAGAUAGAAGCAAUAGGUAGAUUGCUAGCAUCGCGUCGCGGUUCAAAACUUAUAUUAGAAAAGCGAUCUCAAAAAGAUCUAGAAGCCAAAAGCAUUGCCGUAGACAAAGACACAGUAGAUUUCAAUUUCGGUAAUAAAUUUCCUACAACUGGUGAAAGGAGGGGUAUAAUACAAAAAGUCACUAAAGACGAGAUAGAAAGAGAGAAAGGUAUAGAUAAAAGUUUAGAAGUGAGUGAGACAACGUUCGUUAGACCACCAAGAGUUUUGAGUACAACAGAAAAUAUAAGAAAGGCUAUAGUUAAUGGGAAAGUGUUUUACGAUGCAACAAUUAGGGAACAAAGAGAUAUUUUUGCUAAUACCACAAGAAAACCUAAAACAUUUAGACAUUUAGACGACAUAAGAGCUCCUUCAGUGAUAACUAAUAGUACCUUUGGUAAAAAGAAAAUUAUAAAAGCGAGAAAUGUGAACCCGGUCAGGAGAGUAAGAAGGGUAUAUAGGAAAAGGUAUAAUCCAGAUGAAGUGAGAAGGAGAUUGUUAGAAAGGGAGAGAACUAAACCGGAUAUCGAAACUGCCAGAAAAAUAUAACUUUAAAAAAUGUAAUAUUAAAUGCUAUUAUUUAUAUGCUGUGAUUUCAAUUUAUAUGAAUGUUAUUGACAUAGAAAAUUAGUUUUAAUAAAGUCGCUUUGGGUAUACAUUUUUUUACGUACAUAUUUGUUUAUUUUAUUUUUUGGAUGACUAUCUCACAUCUCAUAAUUAUUAUAUUUUAGUUUUACAUACAGUCUUUCUAUACAGAACUGUAAACGUUGUAACGAACCACAUUUUUGUGAUUGCAAAACCCUCUUAUUUAUUUUUAUCUAUGGCAAUACCGAAUGGUCUGAUUGGUUGGUAAACGCCCAGUGUUGCCAGCCAAAAGGACACAGCGCCUCAUUUAUUAUUUCUCUAUAGAUUGAUUGUAGCUUGAUCACAGAAUUUGUAAUAAUAAUGCAACAGAAGUGUUAUUUGAUAUAUUUUAUAGCAAAUAUCUAGAGCUUACAAAAUAUUAACUCAUACGCAAUUGAAAAUUUAGAAUUGAGUGUAAUGAUUCGAUUGAGUUAUAAUGUAAUUCAGGGUACUGUGGCAAAAGAUCUUAGGCCAUAAAGUGGGCAACGCGCGUGUGACACCCUGGUAUUGCAGGCUGUGGUGACCACUUAACAUCAGAUGGGACGCAUGCCAGCUUUCCUGCUUAGUAGUUUAAAAAAUACCUACACUUCUUGUGUUAUUUAAUACAAUUUCUGUGUCUUAUAAUUCGAUUUUAAAGGUAUUUGGUGCAACAUACAAUUGUCAGUUGGACCCAAAAAUUGAUUUUUGGGUUGAAUUGACGAUAAGCUUCUAUUAAUUUAAGAUUAGGGUCAGUAAUAAUUGUAACUUAGAUUUAUGUGUGAAAGUAUUAA